AUGCCGCCGAGAGGCGAAGAUCACUAUCGUCUAGCUGCCCCCAUCGUCAAGUCCCUUACCCCCGAGAUCCACGGCAAGUCCAGCACUGUCACGGUCACCUUUAAGAACGCUACCUCACCCGGUCCGACGCGGCGCAUCCUGUUACCGGAGCCGCCCGAGGAUCGGCCCUCCGGCGACCAGUACGUAAUACUUGACAAUGGCUUCUACAGCAUCAUAACCCUCUUUGCUCCACCUCUAGAGGACUAUAAAGUCGAUGUUGUUACGAUAUCUGGCCUUGGCGGACACCCUUUCGGAUCUUUCAAAGAGAGGGACGAGAAUUAA